GUUGGUUGUCCGAGUCAACACCGAGGAUACAGUGCCUUUUACAUGCGCUGACUAACGACGAGCUGGCGAACGAGGCCCAGCGAGGAAAUCGUGGAGCUCAAAGGCGCGGAUAGCUGCAUUAGCGUAUGACGUUUAGGGUCCGUUUACAGUUGCCGAUAUGCUGGUUCCCCGCUAUCUGAUGCCGAGUCUGGUGGGUCAGGAUACUCAACUAUAUAUGAAUCUAUAAGUGUAUGGAAAUCACGAGAAGACUAGAUUUCGCAAAGAACACAGCCUAGUUAAGACAACAUCAUUAACUUUGGAACAUGUUCUACCGUCCAGGCAAAGACGACCACGGCCUUCCCCAUGAUCCGUUCAAGGGCUGCGUUGUUCCCCGUCCCAUCGGAUGGAUAUCGACACUCUCCCCCACCGGCCAAGCCAACCUCGCACCCUAUUCCCAAUUCAACAACCUCACCUUCGACCCGCCCUACGUAAUGUUCAGCGCCAACCAAACUCCCACCGCGCAGCAAAAAGACACCGUCAAGAAUACCGAAGCCACCGGCAAGUUUUGCUGGAACCUGGCCACCUACGAUCUGCGCAACGCCGUCAACAUCACCGCCGAGCAGACUGAGUACGGCAUCGACGAGUUCGAGAAAGCCGGGCUGGCGAAGGUAGACAGCAAGUUGAGCGAGGUGGAUGUGCGUGGCGAGAAGAGGAUGGUACCGAUGGUGCGCGAUAGUCCCGUGAGGUUCGAGUGCGAGCACUACAGCACGCUGCGGCUGCCGGGGAAUCCGCCGGUGGGGUCUGUAGACGUGGUGAUUGGCAGGGUAGUGGGUAUUCACAUUGACGAGCGGGUGUUGACGGACGGGAAGAUCGAUAUCAAGAAGACUGUUCCGAUCGCGCGAUGCGGGUACUAUGAGUAUGCGAAGAUUACGGAGGUGUUUGAGAUGACGGUACCGGGGCUCUCGGAGGAUGUUAUGGCAGGAUUGGAGGGGAAUAGCAAGAAGAUGAAGGCGGUUGCUGGAAAGGAGAAGGAACAGAACGGAGUGGUGAGAGACAAUGACGUGGACCUAGAGACGAAGAAAUGAUGGAAUGGAUUUGGAACUCGUUGGGUGCACCACAUACUGCUUUCGAGAAAAGUUCUAACUGAACAUUUCAAUCUUCAAGUAGAUACUCACGACUUUACGAAGGAACCUUGACCGAAUUUCCUUUUCAGGCUAGUGUCUAUCCUCGACGCUGCAAGAACAAUGCGAUACACGAGCGGAAAGAGCGUUCGGUUAGGGCGGCUUGAAGCGCGGGCUGCCUGACCGACAUCAUCGGACCUGCUUAUUGGCACACACCACAGCACUGCCACCA